UUAGUCAUAACGUUAAUCUGUCAUUUCAAAUUGAUUUAGUUGUAAAUCAGUAAAGAUUCGUUUGUUUUUAAUGUACAUUGUAUAGAAAUGUUUAUUUUCAAAUAUAAAAAAGAUAAAUGUUAGAUUUGAUAUUAGUUUUAAUAUUUUUAAGUUUCAAACUAUUUCUGUACUAAUCAAUAGCAAUCUAUUAAAAUUAAAAAUAAACGAUUUUAUCUUCGAGUGGGAAGGAAAAAACGUAUCGUAUUGAUAAAAAAAAAUAUUUUCAGUUUUGUAGCCCACAAGUUGUUUAAAAAACUUUUUUUUUCCCAAUAACAAUGACCAAAGAUGAGUAAUAGUAGAAGAGAAGCAAAAAAACCUUGGAUCGAUACUUUUACAUCGUUUUUAGAAAAAAACAGGGGUUUCGUAAUCCUGUUUUUCUGUUUACCAGCCAGCUUCGUUUUCGAUUUAAUUUUGAUAUCUAAAAAGAUGCUACUUCGAAAAUUCUUCGCCGAUCCAAAACUACACGAUAAACGCGUACAAAUUAUACAGAGAGAAGUAAAAAAGUGGAAUUCGUUACCUAAAGAACAACGGAAACUAUUAUGUACCUCAAGACCGAAUUGGAUGAGUUUAUCGCUAACUUUUUUCAAAAAAGAACACUGCCACCAAAUCGACGUCGACCUCGACGACAUACUGGAACUAGACGAAACGAACAUGACGGUCAAAGUCGAACCGAUGGUUACCGUCGGAGAUAUAACCAAAUAUCUAAUACCGAAAGGCUAUACUUUGGCGGUAACCCUAGAAAUAGCGGACGCCACGUUGGGCGGUUUAGCGAUGGGCGCCGGAAUGACGACCCGCUCCCAUAUAGCAGGUUUAUACCACGAAAACGUAAUUUCCUACGAAGUAGUACUGGGAAAUGGGAAUUUAGUGACCGCUUCCUGCACCGAAAACAAAGAUCUGUACGGAUGCCUCCCGAUGUCGCACGGCAGCUUGGGAUUCGUGGUAGCGCUCACGCUUAGAAUAAUCAAAACCAAACCCUACGUUAAAAUCAAUUACGUGCCGGUUAAGGGGCUGAACAAUUAUUGCGACAUGAUCCGAUUACUGUCCGGCGACAAGGGACCCGAUUACCCCGUAGCCGAUUUCGUCGAAGCCACCAUUUUCGAUAGGAACGAAGCCGUCGUGAUGACGGGAACCUUCUCGGAUCUCGAUAAAAAUUUGAGGGUCAACAACGUGAAUCGUUGGUACAAACCUUGGUUUUAUAAGUACGUCGAAACGUUUCUGAAGAAGGGUAAACAUACGGAGCUGGUCCCUUUGAGGGAGUAUUUGCUGCGUCACAACAGGGCCAUAUUUUGGGUGGCGGAAUCCGCGAUUCCGUUCGGUAACAACGUUCUGUUUAGAUUUUUGUUCGGUUGGUUGCUUCCCCCCAAACCGGCCUUCCUGAAAUACACCACAACGCCCGCAAUCAGGAAAUCGACUAUAACGAAACUAGUUUUCCAAGACGUCGUGCUUCCGAUGAGGAAACUGGAAGAUCAGAUCGAUUUGUCCGAGAAAUUGUUCGGUGUUUAUCCGCUUUUGGUGUAUCCGUGUAAAAUUUUCGAUCGGGGAUUCGGUUUCGGUCAAUUGAAACGGCCCCGCGGGGAUUAUCUGGUGGAUGGUACCGAUUACGCCAUGUACAACGAUUUGGGGAUCUAUGGAGUACCCGGUUACGUUAAGAACCGCGAGAAAUACAAUCCGGUGGAAGCUAUUAGGGAAAUGGAGAAAUUCGCUAGGGAUGUCGGGGGGUUUUCGUUUUUAUACGCCGAUAUAUUUAUGGAUAGGGAGGAAUUCGAGCGGAUGUUCGAUUUGGGGUCUUACGAGAUUGUUAGGAAGAAAUAUGGCGCCGAAGAAGCUUUUCCUCAUUUGUACGAUAAAGUCAAACCGGAAAUUGAUGUGUUCCAAAUUGGGAGACUGUGUAAAGUCGAUUGAAUUUAGAUUAGUAAUUUUCUAACAAAAAAAAACGAUAUAUUGGGGAAUACAGCAAAUUUUGGAGAAAAUAUCGAACUAUAGGUUUGUUGUUGGUAGUUGCACUGGAACUGCACUAAACCGGACCGGUGCAGGCUAGUUGACUAUUGUAUUUGAGGUUAUAUGAUGUGAUUCGUGUCUUGUAGUAUCUGCAAUAAUGGAAAAUAGACUUUUUGAUCAUUUACACUGACUAUAGAUUCACUGCGAGCAGUACGGUGAAUUAGAACAUCGACACUAGCGCUGGUUCUGCUACAAAGAACGCUUUAGUGUAAAUUAGUCCUGCCAGGGCAUCUACUAAGAACAAACCUCACAAAUCCAAGUUUUCGAGUUCCACCCAUCAUCAUGGAAAUGGGAAAAGAAAGUUAAAAUUAUCUUCUAGUUUUCCUGAUGAUGGGAAGAACAUUUUUCGAAACCCAAUUUUCCAAAAUUUGCUGCAAUUCCCAAUAUUUUAUUUUUUUUGUCCUAACUAGUCAGUAAAGACUACUAGUCUUGGUAUGUACAUAUAGGGCGCGAAAAACAUCCCUUAAAGUACUUUUUUUCAUUUGAAGAAUCGAAUAAUUGUAUAAAUCGUUUAGGGAUUGUAAUAUAUAAAUUAAUCGUUAAAAAAAAAAUAAAAGAGGGAGAGAAUAGGGCGGUGCAAAAAAUUGUUUUAAAGUUUUAAUAAACCCACCCCCUUCCCAGGCUACAUUUAGUCAUCUUAACUAUUGAUUUUUAUGAAACCAUAGACAAAGGUCGUUAAAUUUGAUUUAAACUUGAAAAUGAAUGGUUAAAAGGGCUUGGAAGGGGGGGUGUUGAAACUUUCGAGCAAUUUUUUACAUUGUCCCUAUUUUAUUUCAAACAAUUAUUCGAUUCUUCAAACGAAAAAAAGUACUCCGCGUCCUAUAUAUACAUACCAAGACUAGUAGUCUUUACUGACUAGUAAGAACAAAAAAAAACAAUAUAUAUAGUUUAAUGAAAAAUUAUCAUUUUCCAAAAUUUGCUACAAUUCCCAAUAUACUGUUUUUUUUUGUUCUUACUAGUCAGUAAAGACUACUAGUCUUGGUAUGUAUAUAUAGAGCGCGGAAACCAUCCCUCAAAGUACUUUUUUCGUUUUAAGAAUCAAAAUUGUUUGAAAUAAAAUAGGGACAACGUACAAAAUUGGUCGGAAGUUUCAACACCCCCCUUUCCAACCCAUUUCAACCAUUCUUUUUCAAGUUUCGAUCAAAUUUAACGACCUUUGUCUAUGGUUUCAUAAAAAUCAAUAGUUAAUAUGGCUAAAAGGAGCCGGGGAAGGGGGUUGGUUUAUUAAAACUUUAAAACACAUUUUUGCACCGCCCUAUUCUCUCCCUCUUUUAUUUUUUUUAACGAUUAAUUUAUAUAUUACAAUCCCUAAACGAUUUAUACAAUUAUUCGAUUCUUCAAACGAAAAAAGUACUUUAAGGGAUGUUUUUCGCGCCCUAUAUAUACAUACCAAGACUAGUAGUCUUUACUGACUAGUAAGAACAAAAAAACAAUAUAUAUAGUUUAAUGAAAAGUUGCCAUUUUCCAAAAUUUCCUGCAGUCCCCAAUAUAUUGUUUUAUUUUUGUUCUUACUAGUCAGUAAAGACUACUAGUCUUGGUAUGUAUAUAUACAGCGCGGAAACCAUCUCUUCAAUUCCUUUUUUUUUUCAUUUGAAGACUCAAAUAACGAUACCUGAGGAGUGUAACCUAAUCUAGAUGAUCACCUUUAUAUUUUUUUAUUGUUAAUAAAUUUAUUUUUUCGAAA